ACAGAGGGCGCGCGCUCAUUUGAUCUCAAUUGUACUUUUGCGAGGCAAGGGACACGCGGGGCAUUCUGGGUAGGGCACUUUCACGCCGGCCAUAUUGCUCCAUCGUCCUGACCGAAGGAGAGAGGGGAGAUGAAGGGGAUCCGGGGAAUCAGCCAGCUCUCGGUGAGACUUUAAUUCUUUAAUCUAGGCUAGGAUGUUUCGGUAGAGCCGCUGACACACCGCUCUCCUGUUUCGGUCAUUGUUUUAAUCUGAAUAGGUGUCAAAAUUCGGGGUCGUGUCAGGACGAGGUGUGAUGAGGGGCUGUUGAGGAAACAGCUGAAGCUUGGCACGGAGAGCUCUUAAGUAACCAGAUCUAAACCAGCAGAUAACCAGAACACUAACCACUUAAACCAUGUCAGCAUACAUCAAAGUCACCCAUGGUCUACCUUAUAAACUGUACUCGGGGUUAUAACGCCUAUUCCUUGAGGCAGUUUGCAUGUAAGAGCAUCUUUAUUUACUACCGUGUAAUGUUGGCGACAGCCGAAGCCUGUGAGGAGAUGCUUACAGUUUAUUUCUACUUACAGAGGUAUAUCCUGCUUAUUGUACUUAAAAAAUCAUUUAAACUCAUACUCAGACUUCUGGUGGAGAUUUAAUCAUUAAACAAAGAAAAGAAAAAAGUUCCUUGUUUGUGUGUGUCGCCAACAAAAACAAAAAAGCAUCAACAUUGAAACAUAACAGGCCGUAUGAAAUUUCAUUGACUCUCUCCAUGUUGUAAGGAAGAAUGAAACAAUGUUCAUGUGCUGAUCAAUGUGGUUUCAAGAAAGUUCACUGAUCCUGUCGUUUCUAGUGUCUAUUCUUUUUUUAUGAUCAAUAUUUUACUGGAUUUUUUAAUAUUGUACGUUGCAGGUACACGAGGCAAAUGUUGUAUAUCGUCAUCCUAUUAAAAUAAUGGCCCAUGUCACUCCCCUGACAAAAACGAGUCCUUGGCCCAAACCAUCUCCUGAGAUGAUAUAGGCCAAAAACCCACCCUCGUCAAAAAAAUGACCCAGGCCACCACCUCAAUAGGGCGAUGAUACGUUGUAAACGUGACUUGUAUACAGAAAGUAAACAAAUAACUAUAUUAGUGUCUAUACUUCUGAUGUACAUUACCAAAACUUCGCUCACCUUACCCUCACCAGUCCAUAUACCAGCAACACAUUAGUUGUAAUGUCCCGCCUUCCCAUGUUCUCUGUUUUUCCAGACAAGGCUUUACGCGGCCCAGGCGGCCCGUAAGGUGGAGUUCACAGGGGCGGCCGAACCCGUUAAGUUUCAGCCGCAGGAUGUGCAGGUCAGUGGUUGUUGACUUGUUUUUCUCCUUCACAGAGACGGUUCUAUGCGGCAACAAGAUCAGGCCAGUCACUUGCCCAGCCCUUAGCUGGCCUCAAGCUCUCUCCAGGGGCUGCCCACUCGUACCAGGAUGUCCAUGUAUGUGCACAGGGAAUGAUGAGGAUGGCUGUGCUGGGGUGAAUUGGGUCUAGAUGGGAUGGUUUUGUGUCCCAGAACAAGGCGAUUAUGUUUUAUGCUCAUGCUUUUUGUCUCAUAAUAUUAAGCUAAAGCAUAAAACAUGAAGUCAUCUAGUUUAAUGUCAAAUGGCUGACUUGCUACCAUUUUAACUAAAUAUGGAUAUUAAUGAUGAUAUUGAAGUAUAUCUAUUUAUGUGUCUCUCUGUCUAGGUGACCAGACUGCCCAGUGGCCUGGUUAUCGCCUCUCUGGAGAAUUAUUCUCCAGCCUCGAAGAUCGGGGUGUUUGUCAAGGCCGGCUGCCGUUAUGAGACCUCCGACAACCAGGGUGUCACCCACAUCCUACGACUGGCCUCCAGCCUGGUAUGACACUGCAGUCUUGGUGUAUUUAGAUUUUGUACAGUUUCAAGCAAUUGUUAGUAACCUAGUGUUCAGAUGUUUUUCAUUUUCCCACAUGUCAUAUCCAAGUGUAAUUGGGUUCCAACAUUUGCCUAAUGUCCUUGGCCUUCUUAAAUUUGACAUUUUCUCUCCUCUAGACAACCAAAGGAGCCUCGGCUUUCAAGAUUUGCCGUGGUGUGGAGGCAGUGGGUGGCAGCCUGAGGUCAGUAACCCCAUGGAAAGUUUGUUUCAAACUAUGAAUUAAAACUUCUGAAUUGAUCCACAUUUCUUAAACAGAAAUCUGCAUGUCUGUGGUUCUUUGCAGUGUGACUUCAUCCAGGGAGAACAUGGCCUACACUGUUGACUGCUUGAGAGAUGACAUGUGAGUCUUUUGUAUGAUAGUAAUUUAAUAUAAAUGAUACUCUGUAGCCAAGGUUAUUUUAAACUUAAAUCUGUUGUAUAAUGAUACAACAUUAUGGCAUCACAUGUUUCCAUUCGUAACAGUGAGACUUUAGCUGGUGCCGCAGGAGUGUGAUUGUUUUUUAAUUUGGUGCCUCAGUUCCAGCUCUCUCUAUUACUGACACAUUUUCUUCCCUCCUCUUUGAUAUUCACCUGCAGCGACACAGUGAUGGAGUAUUUGAUCAAUGUGACCACAGCCCCAGAGUUCAGGGCAUGGGAGGUAUCAGACCUCACACCGAGGGUGAAGAUGGAUAACGCCCAGGCUGCACAGAGCUCUCAAAUAGGUAGGUCUCAUUUUCAUUGCAUGCCUGCACUGAUUCGGAAGAAUUAUUUUGGCCUGCUGUCAUCCAACUCCAAGAAUCAGGUCUGAAAAGCUCAUUUUAGGGUGUUUAGGGGUUACCUCUUUCACAAGUUUUAAAGAUGUGAAGGUUAGAGAUUUUGCACAGAUAGAGGCAUGACUGACAGGAGGACACACUGUAGAGGUCUCCCUCAACCCCUCUCUGCGCCUUGUUGAGUCAGCAUUUCCAGUAUGACUAAAGGGUCAACAUGCUUAAAAAAUUCCUCUAUAGAAACCUGUGAAUGACAUUACUGAGACGACAGCCAUGAAUAGUAAUGUCUAUGCAAUCAACUCUGGAAUAGCCCAUGUGGAUAGUGUAGCUCUACAAGCAGGUAGUUUUUCUUAGUAAUGUCAAAACCAAGAAUAACAUUGAGAACACGACAUUUUAGCUGUAAUAUCAGAAUAUUACAUGUCAUGAUCAUCUCACUUUCUGCGUCUUUAGGUUUAGUUGAGGCUCUUCAUGCGGCCGCCUACAAGAACGCUCUCAGUAACUCCCUGUACUGUCCUGACCACAUGGUGGGGAAUAUCCACUCUGAACAUGUAAGGAGCUCUUCUGAAAUCAGUUUCAUUUUGGUGAUAAGGUCAGAUCUUUCAGUUUUGAUGCUAAGAGAGUGGUUUGUUCACUGGUGUUGUGUUAUGGUAUUAUGACAACCCAAGUUUGUAAAGCAUCUUCUGAAAUUGUUUUUCCCACGCUCUUCUUUUCAGCUGCACCAGUUUGUUCAGAACAAUUUCACAAGCGCAAGAAUGGCUCUUGUUGGACUUGGUAGGGGUCAUUGCACAUGUUUUUUUUCACAUUAUAAAAUCAAUUCUGUUAUGACUCGAUAUGUUAAAAUGACAGUAUAGAUAGAAAACUGCAUCACUGCAGCAUGCCAAGUGUGAAACCACAUUACUCCAAAAGUCUUAAAGCUUUUGUUGAUGGUUUUUCCUCCAGGUGUCAACCAUGCGGUGCUGAAGCAAGUUGGAGAGCAGUUCCUCAACAUCCGCAGUGGGGCAGGCACCACAGGGGCAGAAGCUCAGUAUCGUGGAGGUGAGCUGGAAAGAUGUUUUGAAGAACAAGAAGAGAUGACAACAAGCCACUCACAAGCCACUUACAUUUUUUUUACUUUCAUCCUCAAGGAAUUUUAAUCUUUUCCUCUCCUCCUUCCUCCCCUCAGGUGAGGUCCGUUUACCGAGCACCAGCAGCAUCGUCCACUCAGCUGUGGUCAGUCAGUCAGCAGCAGUGGGCAGCAAUGAUGCUCUGGCCUUCAGCGUGCUGCAGCAUGUACUGGGAGCAGGUCCACAUGUCAAGAGGGGCUCCUGUGCGUCUAGCAAACUGGUCCAGGGUGUUGCUAAGGCAACAGCUGACCCAUUUGAUGUAAGUGGUUGUAUGAUUAAACCUUGUCUUAAAAAGCUCACAUGCCAGUAGUUGGAAUGGAGCCACUCAUAUUAAACACCUUUUCCACUUUUGUCCAUACAGGUGAGUGCUUUCAAUGCAAGCUACUCCGACUCUGGUCUGUUUGGGGUCUACACCAUUUCCCAGGCUGCAGCUGCUGGUGAUGUGAGUAUUCCAUAGCUUUUACACAAACAUGGCUGUUAAUCAGCACAAAAUGUUCAACAAAGCAGUCUGUUUAAUUCUCAUCAUGAAACUAUUGAGGAGAAUUUUGCCCAAACUUCUGUCCUUUCCCGUCCCUUCAGGUGCUUAAGGCCGCUCUUGCUCAGGUCAAGGCUGUUGCCGAUGGUGGAGUCACAGCUGCCGACCUCACUCGGGCCAAGUAAGAACCAAGAGAUAUCUAUGGUGCCUUUCUUACAUCUGAUUACUGUGAGCAUUUGAAGAAGAACAGAUGGCCUCUUGUAGCAGGGUGCAGUCUGUCAAUAUUUUGAUUGUGAGUCAAAGUUGUGCGUCUGCUCUCCGGUUAAACUAAUUUACAACCUCUCUUGAUGGAGAAAUGCAUAACCAGCACAGAUGUGAUUAUAAACCCUGCAAUGAGGACCAAAAGCUGCUGGUACUAGCUCUGCAAACAUUAGCCACAUUCAGAAAACCAAUCAGACUUUUUUUUACCCUGAUAGUGGCAAUCCUGUGUUGAAUUAAUUGUUCUGAAUUUCAGGCUGUUUUCUGAGCGUUUCUUUAGCAGUCAGGAUUAAAAUUUCAGUUCAAACACUUUGUAUGAAUAAAUUAUUGAUCAAGUGUAAUAAUACCUAUCAGUAAUUUCUAAUGGCAGUAGGUGUAGUAUAGAAGAGGAAAUUAAAUAGGAAAAUUGAACCAAAUCUUUCUAUAAACAGACAAGUGGAGCCAAAGCAGGGUAGCUCAACUACCAAGUGAAAUGGCUUGUCUGGCCCUGUUGGAUGGGAAAAAACUAUAGUUUAUAGUUAUUGAUAGAUUGGAAAAUACAUAAUAAACCUACAUGUUGAAUUGCUGGAACAUAAAAAUGAUGUUAUAUAAACUGUAAAGAACAUUGACUUGGAAAAAAGAAGUAAUUAACUUGAAUCCAUGUACCUUUUAUUAUGCAUGUUCCAGUUAUUGCCAGUAGAUGGUGCCAUUCUUCAUUUCUUUUGUACUAAACCAAAUUCUUUUCAUAACAAGGUGAAUUUUUUGCCUAAUGUUGUCCACAGGAAUAACUGGUUAGCUCUACCUCUUAUACCCUUCAUUGUGUAGAAAGUAUAUAAAGUAUACUCUUUCCUCGUUUUCAUCUUUACAGCUCAUAAUGCACAUGUCUUGUUUUGUCUGCAGAGCCCAGCUGAAGGGCCAGUUCCUGAUGUCUCUGGAGACAUCAGAGGGUCUGCUGGAAGCCAUGGGCACACAGGCUCUGGCUGAGGGAUCAUACAGCUCCCAUGAGGAAAUCUCCAAAAAGAUCGACAACGUGUCUUUGACCGAUGUCGCCAAUGUAAGACUAUAUCAGGAUAUUUGCGUCACACCAAAUCAUUAGUUAUAUCACUUCCUGUUUUGUGUCCGUUAACUUUCUUUGUAUUCAUUUCAGGCUGCUAAGAAGUUUGUGACCAGCAAGAAGACCAUGGCAUCUAGCGGCAACCUCGUAAAUACACCCUUUGUGGAUGAGAUCUGAAGUCCUCUGUCUCACCUCUUACUGUACCCAUAUCUGACGGCGAAGCAGAAUUUGUUUCCUCCACUGAAGAAAAGAGGAACUUUUCUUCACUUCUUACAACAUUGUGGUUCUGAGAUAUAUAAUGUCAUAGCACCACUGGGUAUUUAUAGGUGUUGUAACAGUAUAUUUUCAGGUUAUUCUGAAACUUUGUGCUCCGCUCAUCUGUCCACAUUAACUAUAUGUAUAGCUGAUGUAAAAUAAUGAAUAAAUUCUAUCUACCUUCAAAGAGGACUUGUGAUGUGUGUAUUACAUACUAUAAAUAUACACAGAUUUAAAAUAGGUGUUUUUGUCAUUACUGUUAUCAUCAAACUGGCCUAUUUGCUCUCCAUAGAGAUUAUUACGGGAUAUAAACGAUCACAUGGACAAAUUGUGAACAUGAUGGAGUCCAAGAAAGGUUCAAAACUUGAAGUAAACGUUUGCACUACAGGAUUUAGGCAGUUUUAAUCUUAUACACAAAAGUUGUUUAAAUAGUUAAAAAGCGAAUAAAUGGCCGUUGUUUGGAG